ACAGAUUGGAGAGAGUGCGAAAAGGGGUAAAUGAUGCAUCAAAACAAGUAUGUUGACAAGUGGUUCACGAUGUCUUCUAGUUAUAAGAACGUGUUUUGGAUAAAAUAUACGUUUUAUUUUUAUUUUAGUUUAUGAUGUCUUGGUAACUAAAUUAAAAUCUAAAAGAAAUGUUUUCUAUUAUUGCUCAUCGUGGAAAAUCUACAUUAUGGAUAAGAACUUUCUUAAGGUCUCAUUCAACAAAACUAACCUAUGCGCAAAGCACUUGUCCUCAGGAAUUUGCUUUGGAAAACUAUAAUUGCAUAGGUUUUGAUUUAGAUCAUACUCUAUGCAGAUACAAGUUGAAACCUUUAUUCCAGUUGAUUUAUAAAUCAUUAACCUCUUUCUUGAUUGAAAAGUAUGAAUAUCCCAAGUCACUGGCUGAACUGUCUGAGACUGAUCUUUCUUUUGCACAGAAAGGAAUUGUUUUAGACAAACGUAGAGGGAAUUUCUUGAAAUUAGAUGGCCUAUACAGAAUCGUUAAAGCUAGCCAUGGAACACGUCUCAUGUCUCCUGAAGAGAUCAUUCAAACAUAUGGUCCAUCAAGGAUCUGGGAAGAAUCUAAGGGUAUUCCUCAUAAGUUGGUUGAAAGCAGGGCUUUAGAAGAACCAUUUUAUGUUUUCAAAGAUUAUUUUGUCACUCCUGGAGCAGUCAUAUGUGCUAAAGUUGUAGAUAUUCUAGAUGAGCGUGAGGGCAAAAGAUUAGAAGAAUAUGAUUUUUGGAAUCAAUAUAUUGAAGGUAUAUUUUAUAUGUAUGAGAGAAGCAAUUUCAGAAAUAAUAGUGGAAGGUUUUUUCCAGAGUUAAUAAAAAACCCAGAUUCGUAUUUGCAACCGUGUCCUGAGAGCGUUAAGAAAUGGUUAGAAAACAUUUGCCAAAACAAAGUGACAUUCUUGCUUACAAGUGCCAAUUACGACUCGGCUGAGUUUGUGGCCAAGCAGUGUCUUGGAGGGGACUGGCAAAAAUAUUUUGAUAUUGUCAUCACUUUUGCUAAGAAGCCUGGUUUCUUCUGGAAAAAAAAACCUUUCUGUCUAGUGGAUGGUAACAAUGAAAUCGGAGAUAUAAAACCUAAAGAUAUGAAAUCUCACUUGGUCUAUUCUCAAGGUAAUUUCAAAGAACUGCAAGAAGUUUGUGCAAUCCUCAGUAAAACUGAAUGUCCAAAAACUUUGUACUUUGGUGAUUCAUUGAUUGAAGAUGUCUAUGCUGCAUCAGAAGUUGCUGGCUGUGACACUGUAGCAAUUGUUGAAGAAAUGCUAGCUGAAGGCAUUGUUGAUUUUCCUCACAAACAUCCAGAAUCACAGACAUUGACAUCUACGUUCUGGGGCUCAUUUUUCAGCAAUAAAAUUGCUAGUGGUAAUCAGGGAGAUGAUUUAAGUUUAUGGGCCCAUUUACUCUCCCAACAUAGUAAAUUGACUGUUCCAAAUCUUGAAAGCUUGGCUGGUCUUCAAAUGCAGGAUAAAAUAGCCAGUUUUGGAGGAGAUGCUUCAACAUCUGGCUAUUUUCCUGGUGUUCCUAAAUCUUUGUCUACUUGUUAAGAAUCGUCUUUGCACCUACAUGUGAUCUAUUUGGGCUUCCUCAUAAUUUGUUGUUGUUGCAGAAUUUUAAUUGCCUUCAUAAAAGAGAUAUUAAUAAAAAGUAUUUCGCUAUUUAUCCUUAGCAGUCUGCUGCUUUCUCUUUUUACCAAAAGGUUGCAGACUGCUAAGUUUCUCAAAGUUUAUAUAUACACUGAAAAAAAAAGGAAGUAUUUGUAAUGUGAAGGUCCUUAUUUUAGUUGGUUAAUAUAUCUGUAUUAUUAUUCCACUGAUUUUUUUUUUUUGGAGUAGUUUUUAGUAUUGGGCAGAAAUUUUAUUUCUAUAGGAGCAAGUAAUUAAAAUCUUUUAUGCAUGUUGCUUUUACUAAAGACAAUAAAUUUGUCUAUAUUAUCAUUGUAAUAUAGGAGUGCCGAUUAUUCAUUAAGGUAGAAUUAAAAUAAAGUAUUGUUUGUUAGAGAAUAUAUUUGCCAUUGGUUUAAAAAUGUCACAUUUUCUCCUCAAACAUGUGUAUAACAUGUUUAACAAAGAACAUGCGUAUAAUUUAUAUAAAUUAAAUAAAUAGAAUAUUGUAGAAAUUCUGUUGCUCCAAUAUCAGUGAAAAUAAAUUAUAGUGAGGUAAAUGUUAAUUUGAUAAGUGCAUCAGCUUAAAUUGCAGGGAUUUUAGAAUAUAUUCUUCGUAAUAUAUAAGGUGUUACUGGCUGUUAAAACUUUAUAAUUGUGCCUAGAAACGUGUUUAUUUAUAUCUCCUUUGUUUUGUAUAUUAUAAAUGUGCGUUAUGCAAAAUUUAGUAUAGUUCAUUAAAAAUACUAAAAGAGUUGGUAAAUGAUUUAUUAGCAGGUAAAAAAAAUUGAAAACUGUAAUUUUCACUUUAACUAAGUUUCAUAUGAUUCUUUUCCUUCAAUACUUAUUUUCUUUCGUUCUUUCUUUCACUUCCCCCCCCCUCUUUUUUCUUACUCCCCCCCAUAACUUUGUACUAUUACUAAAAGUAUAUUUGAAUUGGAUUUUCUUAAACAAUCUUCUGUAUAUUUUGGUUUUGGAUUUAUAUUUUUCUACUUGAAACUAAUUCCUUUUACUAGACAUUUUUGAAACAAAAUUUUAAAUAUUAUGAUUGUUUAUUUUGUACAAUUCUGUGUACAUGAUGGUAGAUAAAAACAUGCAUUGAUCUAUAAAAGCAUAUCAAUUUGGCAUAAAAGAAAUAACACUUUCAAGUAUCCUAAAUAAUUUCUCAUUUUUAACCUAAUACAUUUUGUCUUGUUUGCUAUUAUAUAAUAUUUUUUUUUAACAAAUCUGAUUUUUUUUUAAAUAGUGGAGUUAUUCAAAAAUAUUCAGUAUUGUGAGUUUAAAAAAUACUUCAUUUAAAAAUAAAAUCAUCAGUAAUUAUUAAUGUUUUAUUUAUUCAACAGUGUAAAGUUUUUUUAUGCUAAAUUAUAUUUUUCUGAAUGUGCUUUAUACAAAAACAGAUUGUCCUAUUACUGCCAAAAUUAAUCAACAAUCUGUAAUAAAGACACGGUUUGAAGAAGACUUGCCAAUAUAUAGAAUAGCCAUUAAGAAAAUUACUCACAUAUGAGACAUCCAGUAAAAAGCUGAAUGACCAUAUCAUUGCAGAUAGUAUGUUGUUACCUGUGAAUCCCAUCUAUAUGUCCAAUUACAAAUAUCACAUGCAUGGAAUGCUCAGAAGGCUGCAACAUUACCUUUAUUCCACUAUCAGGAGAACUAAAAAAUCUGUUUACUUGGUCAGUAAUUUCUUAUGAUUAAGGCAAACCCAAUAUAUACAGAGAAUAAUCCUAAUUAAUAGACCCUUUAUUCUGAACAUGUGGGUGAAGGGGGAAAAAAUCGACAACUUCUUUGUUUUGUAUCAGAUGGGAAAUGUAAAACUAUUAUAAAAUAAUGAAUGAAAACUUAGUUGAAGGGAUAUAAUUUUAAUUAUUUUAUUUUUGAGCAAAUAUCGCCCAGUAUAUAUUAUCCAUCUGUUACCUGUAACUUAGGUGGAAAAUAUUUUUCACCCAUUGGUCCAUUUGGUGUGCAUCAAUAUUCAAAGCAUAAGUCCAAACUUCUGUUCUAACUAAUCUGUCGGGUUUUUUUUAAUUCAGUGUUUGAAUAAAGCAAAGUAUGAAUAAGAAUUAAUUAUGAAAUUGUAAACUUUCCAUUCUACUCGCAUCUUUAUGCUGGAUUUUACCAGAUGUCAAGGAAAUGAUAUCUGUCAUUUUAUGCUGAUUCAUUAUAUUCUUACUUCAGUACCAGUCUAGAAAUUAUUGCUAAUAUUUUAUUUCAACAUUUUUAAAAAAAUUAUUUUGUAUUUGGCAAUGUAUCUUUUUCUGUUUAGUAAAUCAUUAUUUGUUUCAAUUCAAUUUUAGUAGUUUUGAUUUGACUGCUCAUAAAUAUUAUGUAUAGAUAUGAUCCCACUGCAAGGAAGCAAAGGUUACCGAGAAAGAAAAUUGCAU